CUCACUACUCAGAACAUUUAUGAAUUCAAACUUUUACCUUUUCUGCUGUGAAUACCUUGUACUUUACAGCUUAAAACAAAUAUAUUUUCUCACAGUUGUAGAAUGAGAAUAUUUCAAGUGAUUUAGAGUGAAAACUUCUGAGAGCAUGCCAGGUGUGGAGCUCGAAUUCCCAUUUGUGUGACAUGAACAUUUAACACACAAGACCGUCUCAGUUGCUUUCCCACGGUCCCCUCCCCACUUCUACACACAUGCUGUUACUGUCCAACUAUGAAUACUGUGUCUGAGUCUAUAUGAAGUUCAGUUUGUGUCCCAUGACAGAGUAUUAAGGCUUUCUUCCACGCUCAGCUGAUAUCCUAGUCAACAUAUCAUUUUUCUACAAAAGUGUCACUGUUCUCUUGUGCAACAGGACAGCUGUCGUUGAUCCAUCUUCGUACUGUGUAUUUGUGUACAGUUUGAGAAUGCAAGUUAUGGUUGGAUUUCUUUACAUUUCCUUAUUUUCCUUCAGAGGGAUGGUGCUGUAUCUGAGCACUCAGGAGAAGUCAUAUAGAAGAAGUAAGAAUUCACUAGAAUUCAUAAAGUCAUGCAAUAUAUUGAUUAUGAUAAACAGUGGCUCAUAGGAAACCAUGACCUGCAGGGUAUCCCAUGAAGCACUGCAAAGUAUGGCCUUUCUGUGUUUUGUCCCUGGUCCCUGGACUUUUUUCUGCAUUGGUGUGACCAAUCCACCUUCCCAUAAAAUCGACCAAAGCAGUAUGGGGAAGUGUAUAUGGACUUCAUUCAUACUGUGAAUAUGUAAAUGAAACUGUACAAAAAUCCACAUGCAGAACAAGUUGAGGAAUUUGUGGUUUAAAACAGGCCAGAGGUAAACAGGUUUGAUUAGCUUGUGUCUGGCCAUAAUUGUACUACCUGACCUCACUUCUCAUUAUGAUACUUUAGAAGGGAGCUAAGAAAGAAGUGCCUAUAUGUUAUCAUCAGCAGUCAAUCAUUUUAAUAGUGUGUGUGCAAACAUUGUGAACAUUGUUUUGGCUACAGCUCCAACAGUCUGCUGAUAAGUAUAGAGAUUAUUAAAGAAUGUAAAUAAAGUGCACUUUUGACUCUUCAGUUCAGUGGUGCGUCCAGAUUUUUAGACAUGGCCUAGAACAAAGCUGCUUUUUCAGAAUAUUUUAUUAUCUUAUCAGUAACUGCUUAAUCCUGUUCAGAGUUGCAAUGGAUCUGGAGCCUAUCCCAGGAACAUUGGGUGUGAGACAGGAAUACACCCUGGAUGGGAUACGAGCUCAUCGCAAGGCACCAUGCACACACAUUUAAAUACUCUUUAAGUGUAGGUGGGAGGAAACUGGAGAACCCAGAGGAAACCCAUGCAGAUAUGGGGAGAAUAUAGGGAGAAACUCCACAUAGACAGUAACCUGAGCUCGGGACUGAACCAGGGACCUUGUGAGGGGGCAGCGCAACUCACUGCACCACCAUGCUGCCUAUCUUAAAUUUUAAUUGGUUCAAAACCAAUGGCCAUAUAAUGAUUACUGUACUGGCUUCUUAGUGGCUCUAUAGUUCCUAAUGUUGUUGUUGGUUACCACAGUGGAUCACUGGUCCGCAUAUUUGAUUUAGCACAGUUUUUACGCCAGAUGUCCUUCCUCAUGAAACCCUCCCCAAUUUUAUCUGGGCUUGAGACUGGUACUGGAAGUGUACUGUUUUGUACAAACCCAGUGGCUGGGGUUCCCUGGCCGGGAAUUGAACCCAGGCCGUGGCGGUGAGAGCCCCGAGGCCUAACCACUAAUCCUCCAAGGACCCGGCUCUAUAAUACUAAGACAAAAUUAUUUGGUCACAGUAGUAACAACAUUACAAUCAUUUUAAUCAACAUGAAAUACAAUUCAUUAAGUCUGCUUGAAUUACUGCACUAAUUAGUAGUAAUAGACCUCUUAGAGAUUUGUGAUUUAAGGAUCAGAGUUUGGGUGGGAGUGAUUAUUUUUUACCAGUGGUUAACCACGCCACACUCCUGCCUUUAUUCCCCUGGGCAAACCGCACUUCUUCUUUUUCCUCGUUAAAAACGUGAUUAGAGCGACACCCAGUGGCUAUUCAUGGAACUACAGUUAUGUGUGAGCACGUUCAAAUGCAAGUUAACGCUUUCGGAGUGGUGUUUGGGAACUUUUACAUGAGGGCCAUACGUGCUAUGUCAUUUCAUACUAGAAUAAAAGAAGUAAGCAACAGGCACUGGGUAAUCUCUUGAUUCCACUGUAGGCUUAGACAUAUGUGUAUCCGACAGUGGUUGCCAUGCUCUGGAAAUUCACCAACAGUCUACAGAAUAUAUGGUUCCAGAAAAGAAGGUUUAAACCCAAAGCUGCGAUCACUGAAAAGCCGGAUCCAGGCCUCUUUCCCCAUCUCGCUAGCCCCUCGAAUGGAUGUUGAUGAAUACAACCCUGUGUCCCUCAGGCACAAAUCUAAGAAGAAGACUCGAGACAAUGCAACAAUGAGCAGGAGGAGGGUUUCCGUGAAGGACCUGGACCCAGUGGACCACCAGGGCUGGCUCUACAGAAAGAACGAGGGGAAAGGGUUCCUGGGCAUUAAGUGGAAGAAGUACUGGUUUGUUCUGAAGAAAACCUCACUGUAUUGGUACAACAACCAAAUUGCUGAAAAAGCAGAGGGUUACAUAAACCUGACUGAUUUUCUGAUUGACCGGGCAUUGGAGUGCAAAAAAAAAUAUGCUAUGAAAGCGUGCCACCCGAAGGUCAGAAUUUUCUACUUUGCUGCUGAGAGUCAUGAGGAGAUGAACAUAUGGCUGAAUAAGCUUGGUCUUGCAUCUAUACAGUAUGAACCCUCAGAGAGCCAUCAGGCUGAAUGCUAUAGUGAAUCUAGUGAUCAUGAGGAGGCUGAGUCCACUGAGGCACCCCCUCCACCCUACUCUGAGCAGCUGCUGAACCAAGACUCACAGUGUGUGAACAGUCCACCAGGAACUGGACUGCCGGGGAACCGUCCUCCUCCUUACUCAUCUCCUGUGCCCAGUGAGGCUUCACCGUCCUCUCCAGUGAGCACUAUGACGUCCCAAAGCUCCAUGUCCUCUCUGGCCAAACAGCGCCAGUCUUGGCUAGACCUUGUCUCCCAGGCUGGACCUACUGUUGCAGAGAACGUGGUGUCCUUUGCUCAGGUUCACACUCGAGGAGACACAGUACAAGAGGCACCAUACUGCAGUGAGACUGCUGCUGCUCUGGCCCAGGAACUCCAGAGCAGUGUAGAGCCCACAGAGCAAGCACUGGUUCAUUCAGGAGAGAACGUGAUUACACAUAACCCCAUUUCAGAUGGUGAGGAAAGCACUAAUGAUGAAAUGGAGAAAUUGUACAUAGAUCUGAAAAGGGCGAGCCUGUCUCCCAUUGGUGAGCGGAGGCCGUCGUCAAAACGGGAAUUCAGAGCUUCCUUUAUAAAGCGCUGCAAAAACCACAGAGUCAAUGACAAGUUACACCUCGUUCGAGCGCUCAGCAGCACACUGAAGGCUAAAGAGGCAGAUUUGCUGACUCUGGAUCAGGUGCUGGCUGACCCUGCACUCACAGCCUCUAAAUUCCGGCAGUGGAAGGAGACAAACAUGGUAUUGCUACAAGAGAUGCAUGCAAGAGAUCCUCCUCAGACUAAAUCCUGUGAGGCCUCUGACUUAAAAGCUGUUUCCUCUCUAACAGAAACCAGUUUAUAGACAGACACCAGACAUAAAGGUUCAGUACGACAAGCAGGCCACAGUGGACCCAUGUCUGAAACAUUUCCCAUUUUACCACAUGCAUACAUAUAUUUUAAAAAUCGAAGGACUUUACACAUUAUUUGUAUAUAUCUUGUGGUAUUUUAUUCUCUGCAUUUUAGAACCAUCAGUAUCUCACGUCGAUGCUGGAGAGUCUGAUACUGUUUUUGUGUUAGAUCAUGCUGGAGAAGUGUUUUUAUUGUGUUUUUAUUUUAUUAUAGGACAAAAUCUUUUUAGUGAACUAACUAUUUUUGUAACUAUGUACAGUUUUAGAAUGUGUUUCUUGUAAAUGUUCAUUCACAUUCACUCACUAUAAGUGGUAUAUUUCCAUUUUAUUGGAAAUAGAAAUAAACACCAUGCUUAAACUGAAA